GUCCCUGCCCCGCCCCAGGACCAGAGCGCCCCGGAGUCUCGUGUCCACGGCUGGCGCGCGGCGUCCCCGUGCUGUCCUGGCGACCUGUCACUGAGGAGGACGUGACUCGGAGCUGCCUCCGCUUUCUCCAAGCUAUAUUCCUUUAAGAUGAUGUAAUAGUCAUUUCCCUGGAUGGUUUCUUGCCUGCACUGCUGAAACAACAGCAGCCCAACUGCGCUGGGAGCUGUGGAACCACCCAGCUCCGCCGUCCGCCGAAGCCGAGCCGAGCCCCCGCCGGCAUCCCUGCGCUGCGGCGGCGCCGGCUCCUACCAGCGCCCACCGGCUCCCACCUGGCUGGGAACAUGGGAGCCCGUUCGCUCUUGCUGGCAGGUGGGGUGGCUACCUGGGACCCCAGCAGGGCACCUCUGUCUUCCUUUCUGCUUCUGGGCUUUCUGAAAAGCUUCUAAGUCCCGGUACCUCUGGAAACUCUCUUCCGUUUUAAGGAUUCUUGCGAAAGGUUUGAUUUUUUUUUUUUCCUGGCGACGCUUUGGUUGAAUAUUUUCUCAGCUUUGCUUCUUCAACCCAAUCACCUGUCAUCACGGUUUAACUUUUUUGUGACUUGUUUUAACUUGAGACUGGCAGUGAAUAUAUACAUACAUACACACAUACACACACAUAUACAUACAAGUAUACACUUAUAUAAGUAUAUAUAAUAUUAUUUUCUAAGAGCAAUCUUUCCGGCACUUUUCAUUGAUACCUCUGUCCUUUACCUCUUUGGGAUUUGACAAGCUCAAGGCUCAGUGUGGCUGUGGAUUCAGACUGCUUUGCAAAUGGGUAUUUCUUCACAAGACUGGGUUGCCAGCGCUCAUUAAGACAGACCUCUGAGUAACUGGGGACUUGGCCUGCCUUGUCUACUGAGCCUGGGGGAAGAUCGAAUGGAGAUGAGUUGAUUAUAUUCCAUGAAGUAAUAGCUCACCACCACCCGCCAGGGUUUAAACUACUUCACCUGUGGACUCUUCUCAAUUUUGCUUUCUUGGGGGGGAAAAAAACCCCCAAAAAACUGGGGUCAGAGGAGGUCAUUUUUAACAAGUUAGCAUCCUUCUCCCUCCCUGACAAGUUGAUGCAAAGGAUAAGGCUGUGACUCCACUGGAUUGCACCUUCAUAGCAAAAUAGGAAGAGAAGAAAGGGACAAUGGCUCUGAGUGGAAACUGUAGUCGUUAUUAUCCUCGAGAACAAGGGGCUGCAGUUCCCAACCACUUCCCUGAGGUCGUGGAGCUGAACGUGGGGGGUCAAGUUUAUUUCACUCGCCAUUCCACAUUAAUAAGCAUCCCUCAUUCCUUCCUGUGGAAAAUGUUUUCCCCAAAGAGAGACACGGCUAAUGAUCUAGCCAAGGACUCCAAGGGCAGGUUUUUCAUUGACAGAGAUGGAUUCUUGUUCCGUUACAUUCUGGACUAUCUCAGGGACAGGCAGGUGGUCCUGCCCGAUCACUUCCCAGAAAGAGGAAGACUGAAAAGGGAAGCUGAGUACUUCCAGCUCCCAGACUUGGUCAAACUCCUGACUCCUGAUGAAAUCAAGCAAAGCCCCGAGGAAUUCUGCCAUAGUGACUUUGAAGAUGCCUCCCAAGGAAGCGACACGAGAAUCUGUCCCCCUUCCUCGCUGCUCCCUGUGGACCGCAAGUGGGGCUUUAUUACUGUGGGCUACAGGGGGUCCUGUACCAUGGGCAGAGAGGGGCAGGCAGAUGCCAAGUUUCGGAGAGUUCCCCGGAUUUUGGUUUGUGGAAGGAUUUCCUUGGCAAAGGAGGUCUUUGGAGAAACUUUGAAUGAGAGCAGAGACCCUGAUCGAGCCCCAGAACGAUACACCUCCAGAUUCUAUCUCAAAUUCAAGCAUCUGGAAAGGGCUUUUGAUAUGUUGUCAGAGUGUGGAUUCCACAUGGUGGCCUGUAACUCCUCAGUGACAGCAUCUUUUGUCAACCAAUAUACAGAUGACAAGGUCUGGUCAAGCUACACUGAAUAUGUCUUCUACCGUGAGCCUUCUAGGUGGUCAUCCUCACAUUGCGAUUGCUGCUGCAAGAACGGCAAGGGUGACAAAGAAGGGGAGAGUGGCACAUCUUGCAACGACCUCUCCACCUCCAGCUGCGACAGCCAGUCCGAGGCCAGCUCUCCCCAGGAGACGGUCAUCUGUGGGCCCGUGACACGCCAGACCAACAUCCAGACUCUGGACCGUCCCAUGAAGAAGGGCCCAGUGCAGCAGAUCCAACAGUCCGAGAUGCGGCGGAAAAGCGAUCUGCUCCGGACCCUGACUUCCGGCUCCAGGGAGUCGAACAUGAGCAGCAAAAAAAAAGCUGUGAAGGAAAAGCUCUCCAUUGAGGAAGAGCUGGAGAAAUGCAUCCAGGAUUUCCUGAAAAUCAAAAUUCCAGAUCGGUUUCCCGAGAGGAAACACCCGUGGCAAUCUGAACUGUUACGGAAAUAUCAUCUAUAGGGGAGGGCUGGGGGGUGGGAGAAGUAACAAACGGGGGAAGCAUUUCCAAUUCAACCUCCUGAAAGAAAUUCCUAUUCGAAAAGAAAACCAACUAACAACACACAUUUGUUAGAACACAAUGCCCAUUGAUACUCUACUGCCUAUUUACCUAGUUCACCUUAACACAUAAAUCCACAGGGUAGAUUUCUUUCCGGAUGUGGAAGUAUAAGAAAAUCUUUUCUUUUCUUUUCUUUUUUUUUUUUUUGGUUAUUUGUUUGUUUGUUUAUCUUGAUCCGGUGUGCUUAGUAUCUUAUAUACAAUGAGAGCCAGCUACAUAAGAGUAGCUUGAGAGGCCUUGGGAGCCAUAUAUCCCAAACGGGGUUUUCUCUCACCUUCUACCUCCCUCUUGUGAAGGAGAGAAUGUGGUAGAAAGAGAGCUGGCCUAAUGGCAUCAUGUUUGAUUUCUGAAUUUUCCUUUUCCCUUUGUUUAGGGAGUAAAUGGGGGAAUGGCAGAUUUAUAUGACUUUUCACUCAACUCGAUUAUGUGCCAGUUGAUAUGGACUCCGUAUGCAUGAGGAUUUGUGCAGCACAAGCACAACCAAGUCUGUAUAUAAACGCAGUGCACAUGACCCCAGGGCCCGGGACGCUGGUGGGGUGUGCCCUGGGCCUGGCAGCACUCUCUCAGAGCACUUCAGCAGAUGAGCCUCUGCUCUUUUCUUAAAACCCUUUUGGGAAGAUUUCCCAGCCUCUCUCUUGGCAACACUUUCUGACAUCGAAUAACCCUCUUCAUCAACAAAUUGUCUUAUUUCGAAAUUAACAUGCUCAGACUUCCUUGUACUGCCUCGCUCUUUCUCUGGACUCAGAGAGGGUGAGAAGAGCUGUUCAGACAUUCUUUGUGUUAAACAUUCACAUCCACAAAAGUCACUACCAAAUGGCCCCACACUCAGCCUUCUCUACCCCGAGCUGAGCACUCCUUCUCUCACUUUUCUGAGUUCUUACUGCCUAUGUUUUACUGGUGUGGCCUUUCCACAUAAUCCACAUUAAAUUCUCUGUGUUCCCACAUGGUGGUAAAGGUAAGAACACCACUCAGUUCACACUUGAAUCAGGGUCCAGCCUUUUCUUUGUUGAAGAGGGAAUUCUACUCUACACACUUCCUAAUAAUUACUCAUAACUUUUUUAACCCACAGUGCUACAUUGUUACUUUCUUGUAGCCGAUUGUGUUUGCCUUUGGGAUUCUGGGAUUUGGCUGUGUCUGUACUAGGAUUGGCUGUCAUUGCUGUCAUGUCUGUGAACAACCCAACUAGAUAGCUGGAGCUCCGAAAUUAAGGCUUGGGCUUUCUAAACUAUCUUUCUUGAUUACAUCCUUGACCCGUAUUGACACAGCCAAAAAUAAACUGUUAAUAGCCAUCCAGCCAUGUGACUCUGUAUUCUAUUAAUGUACCAAUAGCUCUUUCGUAGACUUGUGGUAAAUGAAGAUUAAGAGACCAGGUUUUAUGUUUUGCUUUCCUCAUGCAUUUCAAUGGGAACUGAAAAAUAAUUUGUCAAUCAUUAAUUGUGUGCCAAGCACUCCUAAUUAUUUUUAGUGUGUGUGUGUGUGUGUGUGUGUGUGUGUGUGUGUGUGUGUGUGCAUAUGUAUCACAGGUAAUAAAGGCCAGUGGGUGAUGUCUGUAGGAGGGGAAAAUAAUGACCAAUUGCUUCUUUUUGACAGCUUUCAUUGAUGCACAUUUAUUAUGUAAGAGUUUCGGUCUUGAUUCCUGUUAUUAGUGCUCAUUUGUCUAUGGAUAUCUUUCUGAACUUUUGUAAUUCUUGCCUUUAAACCUGUGCGACACACCCAGCCAAUGUUUCCUUGUGACGAUUUGUAUGGAGUUAAAAGUUUUACUUAAGUGAAAAUGAAAGUUUUACUUGGGGAGUUCAGUUGUCGAGAGAAUUAUAAUUUAUGAAUUUAAAUGGUGUUCUUUUAUGUAUUAAUAUAUUAGCAGAUGUUUGAUCUUAACUGCAACAUAGCUUUGUAAAGCCUGCCAGUAUGUCUUCAUUCUUUUCAGUGUUUCUUCACACCGCAUCAAAAUACCAUUCUCCUAAUAAUAGAAGAUCCUGCAAAAAUAAAUCCCAUAAAAUAACCCCAAACUCACUGUGCUCAAAUGAUUCUUGUAACCCUAACUGGAAGUGCUUUCAAAGAGUUGGGGCCUAAAUAAGGUGGCCUAAGUCCCAGCUACCUUAAAUGUUAGACCUGCCUUUAAUGGAAUCAAGAUAGAAACACACUUGUAAGAAUUAGAGAACUAGUAUUCUGGCAGUCAACCCAUUACUUCAACUAUAUACUUUAAUUAAACACUUCAAAGAAAAGGUUCAUGGCAUUAUUUUGUCCCUUGACCUGUCAUGAAUUUUUUUUUUCUGCUGAGGCAUUCUUUAUACCCCUACUCAACAAAACUAGUGUUUGGAAAUCUGUUUAAAACAACAACAUUUUUCAUCUGGGCCAACUCUAGCCUAACACCCACCCCGACUAGUCCAGAGGGCUCAGACAAUAACACAGUGUUCAUUUGCUUGGCUGUUGGUAUAGAGAUGAAUACAGACCUGUUCAGUAAAAAACUCUGAGGAGGCACUAAGUAAAUGGAAAUCUUCAGUCCUAGUUUGAGUGGAGUUAUCAAGUGACAUCUCCGUGGCCUGCAACAUUGGAAAUGAGUUCUGGGUAAGUGAGUUAUAAGAUUAAAUGCUAGUGGUCCUGGUAGUCAGUUUGACUCAUGCCUGUUUCCCUGGACUUAAACUUGUUUUAAGAACAUUUAGUUCAAUUCUGGGCAGAACAAUAUGUGGGGCUUGCCUCUUGAAUACUGGUUAUGACAAGGACCAUAAGUUGCUGAUAUGAAGAUGCUAAUCGCAUCCACGGGGUCAGAUGAAUGAGGAAUCAUACGUGUAGAGUCCCACCUUAGGUUGCCUCCCAGGAAAUCCUGCAGUGCUAAAAUGCAGUGAGCGUGGGGAGGUCCUUCCCUCCAGGUAUGUGGUUCUCCUGAAGUCAGAAACAUUAUUUGUAAAAUUCUCCUCACUAUCGAAAGGGGAGUGAUCUGUGCUGAUCAGGAAAACGGGAAGACAGGAAAAUAAACCUGUGAGAUCGUGGUGGUAGUGUGCUCUCCCUGCCUCUGCUGAGAAAAACAUUGCACUGAGAUGUGGCCAUAAAACAAGAAAGUGAAGUGGCUUCCCAAAUAUGCAGUGAUGUUAUCCUUUGUAAUUGUAGGCACAGUUAUCUUACUGGAAAUGCAUGCAUGGUGAAUUAAAAUAAAAGGGGAACAAUGCACAAAACUGUAAGUGUUCCCUUCACUCUUUAUUCCUCUAUAGCUAUGUUACCCCCAAACAAGUGAUUUGGGGGGGGCACAUUUAUUAAUGGGGAGUCAACAUGGAGUUUUUCACUCUUCAGUUGUUUGAUUCAGAGGCAUCCUUAUCCAUAGACACAGAUGUGAGUCGUUCAUUCUAGGUUCCUUUAGUUGCCACUGCUUGCGCUUCUGGAUAACUUUUGCUUCUCUGGAUUUUUUACUCCUCUCUGAUUAUUCUUUGCCUGUACUGAGCAAAACAUGCUCCAGUGAGAAAAUUAAAGGCAUAUAUGGUGUUUUGCAAAAUUACUUGAUGCCAUCUCCCAUAAUGGAAGCCAGAUUUCGAUUCUCAUACAUUUUCCUUUGCUACAAUUUCAACCCUCCAACUCUGGAGUUAUCAUGGUAGAUUAAUCCAGAGCCCUUAAGUGCUAGUAUUUCUGCCAUGCCCUGGAAGAGAAUAUGCCAUGGAAUUUGACUAACCUUGAUCUUCUAGGUGAUCUUUACUAAAAUUAAUAAGACACUUUCCGUGAACUUUUAGGAGGAAUUAUCUGCCACCUCCACCUGACAUAGCAAUUUAUAAAG